CAGUACUAGACGAACUAUUCAGCAAAACAGUAAAGUUUUCUUUUAUGGACGAUGACCGGCAGUGAGAACUUUACAGCCCCAGGAGUGUCCGAGGAGGAACGAGCUCAUAACAAUCUGAUGAUGGUAAUAGCCACCUUGACGUGGCUCAUGCUCAGCUGCCUGACUCUCUUCAUUUACUGCUGCAAUUACUGGCAAGUUCUGAGGCCGUUCUCGCAGAGAAACCGAGAGGAGUCCGAACCGCAGCAAAGCACCCUCCUAUCAGUGGAUGAUUAGCCAGGGAAAUGCAAGGAAAAUUCAUCUGAAGGAAAACGGAGAGCCAACAGCUGUCGGCCAUCAUCCUUGGGCCUUGACACUGGCCAUAUGCCUCUGUGCAGCAGCUUUCAUUUCCAUUUUCCAUUUCCGUUUCCGCUAAGUUAAUUCCACACGACAACAGAAAAACAAAAAAUGAAACCCUACAAAAAC